AUGAUGCUCGGUAUUUUACGUCCUAAAGUACUUGGAAGAGCACCACAUGCUCUUAGAUAUAACUCGUCAAGCCCAAAAACAGAUCCUUUGGCUAUUCUAAGUGGAAUCAAUAAAAACGAACAGACAGGCUCUGGCACCAAAACAUCGUUCUUGGGACAGAGCAGUUUUUCCGUGAGUGGAGCUUUUAAAGAGCCAAACUGCCUUGAAUAUGCUACCAAGCUCCCUCUUGAUGGAGCACAUGCCGGACGCUCCAUCAUGGUCAAAAAAGGAGACCUCAUGAGAAGUAUCAAGAGAUUGGAGGUAAUGGCCCAAUCCACCAAGCUCAGAAGCACAUAUUACGAACAGAGAUUUUACUUGAAACCAAGCAAGAGGAAGUUACAGCAAAGAAUCAAAACCAAGAAAACCCGCUUUGAUGCCGGGGUUAGAAAAUUACUGGGUGUGGUGCGGAACGCUGUUAGAAAAGGAUAUUAA